AGGGCGGGAGUUCCGGCUGCCGCUCAGGUCAAAGGCGGGUACUGUGCGGACUGCUGAGUGACCUGCGGGGGCUGCGUGGCUGAGUCGUGGGCAGCGUUUCGGGCCGAAUUCUGCGGUUUGUGGUUCCCCGGUGUGCUCUGCGGUGGCGGAAGGCAGUGUGCAGUCCUGGAACAUAAUUACUUGAGCCAUCGUUACUGCGUCCUAGGAUCUGCCUUGGCAGGAGCCGGAAUCAGAAACCUAAACAGGAAAUAGAGUCCUGAUACUCCAGUGUGGAAGGAAUUUUCUUGUAUGUCUGUUUUCCUCAAAAUGAGUGUUAGUGUAACAUUAAGACCUUUUGCUAGGUUUCUGGUGCCAUUUACCCUUCAUAGGAAGAGAAGGAAUUUAUGUUCAACACUUCUGCAUAGAUGCAUGUCUUCUAAAAUACCAGCUGUGCCCUGUCCUAAUAAGGAGGGUACAUCUGCUCCUGAACAGCUAGAAUUGGAUGGGUGGAAAGCUACAAUGAAAUCUAGUGUGCAAGAAGCUAUUUCAACGGGCUUCAGUGACAAGGAUGAAGAUCCUCUAGUUGCCACCAGAGAAUUAAUUGAAAUGUGGAGAUUGCUUGGCAGAGAAGUACCAGAACAUAUCACUGAAGAAGAGCUUAAAACCAUUAUAGAAUGUCCUUCUAAGUCAUCAAAAAAGAAAUAUUUGAAAUAUUUAUUUAUUAAGGAAAACCUGAAAAAAGCCAGGCAAAUAAAAAAAGAAAUGAAAGCAGCAGCAAGGGAAGAAGCAAAAAAUGUCAAGCUGUUAGAAACCACUGAGGAAGAUAAACCGCAAAACUUUCUUUUUCUGCGACUUUGGAAUAAGAAUAUAAACAGUGCAAUGGGCUGGAAGGGUGCUCAGGCCAUGCAGUUUGGACAGCCUUUAGUUUUUGACAUGAUUUAUGAUAAUUAUAUGAAACCAAAAGAACUACAGAAUGCAGUUUCUCAACUUUUAGAAAGUGAAGGGUGUAACAGAAGAAAUAUUGAUCCUUUCCAUAUUUAUUUCUGUAACCUUAAAAUAAAUGGUGCUUAUCAUAGAGAGUUAGUUAAACGUUAUGGAGAAAAAUGGGACAAAUUGUUUUUAACAGCAACAGAAAAGUCUUAUGUAGAUUUAUUUCCAAAGGAUGAUAUUAUAUAUUUAACUGCAGAUUCUCCCAAUGUUAUGACUACUUUCAGGCAUGACAAAAUUUAUGUAGUUGGAUCAUUUAUUGAUAAGGCUAUGCAACCAGGCACAUCCCUAGCCAAUGCAAAACGACUGAAGCUGGCAACAGAAUGCCUUCCAUUAGAUAAAUAUUUACAUUGGGACGCUGGUACCAAAAAUCUCACCCUAGAUCAGAUGAUGCGUAUUUUGUUACGUCUGAAAAACUCUGGAAGUUGGGAAGAGGCUCUGAAGUUUGUUCCCAGGAGAAAGCAUAGUGGUUAUCUGCAGGUUUCACAGCAAUCUCGAGAUUUUGUCAAUAAAGUGAAGAAGGCAAAGACCUUUAAUUCAUUUCCAAAAGGCUCUCUAAAUGUACACAAAAGAGAUAAUUUGAAUGAGAAAAUUUGAUAACUUGUAAAUGGAUUGAAAAUACAGUUUAUUUGUUGUAUUUCUUGCUAAGUAGAAAUAAUUUUCUUUUAAAGAUGUCUUUGCAAACCAGGGCAUUGUGUCUUUUCUCAAUUAAUUAAAUAUCUGUAAAACUUGGGAAUAUAUUUUGUUUGCUGUAAAAAGGCAAUCAGCCAAAAUAAGGAGUUGAUUUUUUUUAACAGAAUAUCUUUUUUAAAGAUUUAUGUGUUUUACUUGAAAGGCAGAUUUAGAGAAGCAGAAACAGCAUUUUCAUCAGCUUCUUCACCCCCCAAAUGGCUGCAGUGGCUAGAGCUGGGCUGAUCCAAAGACAGGAGCCAGGAGCUUCUUCUAGGUCUCCCAUGUGGGUGCGGGGUCCCAAGCACUUGGAGCACCCUCUGCUGCUUUCCCAGGUGCAUUAGCAGGGAGCUGGGUUGGAAGUGGAGCAGUCAGUGCUCAAACUGGCACCCAUAUAGGAAGUCAGCCCCACAGGCAGUGCAUUUACCCGCUAUGCCACAGCGCUGGCCCCAAGAAAUACUUUUAAGUGAGCCCACUAAACAGUUGGACCAUUGGUGUGGGUUUUUUUUUUUUUAAUGGAUUUUCUUAGUUUCAGACUUCAUUCUCCUUAAAUAUUUUUUAUUCAUAUAGCAACUAUCCUUGUGAAAAAUUGAUUUGGAAAAAGAUUUCUAAACUUCAAGUGUUAGUUCACUUUAUAAAGUAAGUAUUGGUAUGUUGAACAUGUCAUGGGCACUAAAAUAUAUUGCUUAAUUGAAUCUUGGUUAAGCACAAGGCUAAGAUAUCCCUUGACAUAUCAUAGAAUUUGGCUGUAUUACAAAAAAUGGGUUUGUAUGGUCAAACUAAUUUCUUUUCCUCUUAGAAAAAAAGAUUUUUUUGGCUAAUGUUGCAUCAUAUAGUACUUGCCCUGUUGUCAAAUAGAUAGCUUUCCUUGAAAAAAAAAAAAAAGUGAUGUUAUUUAUUUGAAAGGCAGUUGUAGGGGUGGGAAGACAGAGAACUUCCAUCCACUGGUUCACACCACAAAUGGCAGCAAUGGCUGGGGCUUAAUCAGGCCAAAACCAGGAGCCAGGAGCUUCUUCCAGAUCUCCCAUGUGUGUUCAGGAGCCCAAGUACUUGGGCCGUUUUCUGCUGCUUUCUCAGGCACAAUAGCAGGGAGCUGGAUUGGAAGUGGAACAGCCAGGACUUGAACUGGUGCCCACAUGGAUGCCAAUGUUGUAGGCAGUGGCCCAACCUGCUGUGCCACAAUGCCAGUGCCCUGCAUUUGACUUUCAGACCACCAAGAAUCCUUUUCCAAGAUUUUUGGAUCUGAGAUCUAGCAUAGCCUACAUCAGUUCAUUUCAGGUGGUGGACUUUGAUAGGCAGGAGACUCUGGGAUUGAUGAUUGACAAUGCCUUUCUAUGUUGAGUAAAUUAGAUUAUUGUAGGAGUGAAUAAAGUUUGCAUAUAGAAAAUAGAGACCAAUUUCUGCAGCUGUUGAAAUCCCUGGUUCCAGUUGUCAGGUUCAGCUAUAGAUUAUCACUUGCAUUUAUUGGUUGUUCAACUUCAUGAGAUACCUUAGUAACCUAAUAAAUGGCUGUUUUUCACCUAAA